AUGGCUGCAUCUAACGCUUUGGAUGUUCAAGCUGAAGAUGUGACCAAAGGACUUAAAGAAAAGACGCAACAAUUAAAAGAAAACGCAAAAGAGAAAGGAUACGAAAUGAUGAAAAAUGUGGAAGGUUUCAUAGAUAAAGAAUUUGAUCCUACUAGCGAAUUUGAUCCUCCUAGAGAACAAAGCGACAGACAACGAGAAUCCAAAGAAAAAUUGGCUAAUCCGAAACCCAUCGAUCGCCACCCUAAAGGACCAAUUGAAGAAAUUAAACAAUCUGCUCAUGAUGUUGCUGAUGCGCAGAAUAAAAAUGAUUAA